CGAGGAAGAGAGAAUAUUAACGUUGGUUGCGAGAUACAGAAGAAGAAGAACAUAUAGAAGAAGAGAUAAUAUUUCCACAGCUUCACGAUCUAUUUUCGAGAUUGGCGAAAGCAUCAUAUUUGAAAUGUAUCUAGGGAUGACACAGAGCAAGACAGUGAGCCAGAGCUGCCAGGAGAGGUCAUCGAGCCCCUCCCAACUGCAUCAAGCACCAGAUAUGCUGUUCCAAAAGGACCCAAUGACAUUUCAAGAUCCAGAGAAGAGGGUCCUGUACAGCUGUGUUUGAAAACAUUUCCCAGAACUCAGCAUGGUACUAGGAAAAGGGCUUUCUCCAGCUCCUGGUGCGUGCGCGUUCACGCGAAGGGGGAGCAUUUCGGCACAACACCGGGACGCCAUACCUGACCGACGAUACAUUCACCCCCGGCUUCACACCCAAGAUUGUGGAAGGCGAGAUUCUCAGAAUGAGAAAAAUGUAAGAGGAUCUCUAAGAGCUGAAGCAGAGAGGAGAAUCAACAAAGAGGAUAUUGUAAUUCUGGAUUCAUUGAACUAUAUCAAAGGCUACAGAUAUGAACUUUUUUGUCUGAUCAAACACACACAGACGCCUCACUGUCUGGUUUACUGUUUGACGUCAGCCGAAGUGAGCUCAACAUGGAACACUGAAAGGGAUGUUGAAGAGCAGUACACUCAGGAGAUCCUAGAUGCGCUGGUGCUGAGAUUUGAAACUCCAGACUCCAGGAACAGAUGGGACAGCCCACUUUUCACCAUUCAGAAAGAAGACACACUUCCAUUUGAAGCCAUCUCUGAUGCCAUCUUCAAAAGGAAAGCACCCCCUCCUAACCAGUCGACACAGAGUCAACCACUGUCAUCUACAAACUUCUUGUAUGAGCUGGACAAAGUCACACAAGAUGUGUUGAUGGCAAUUCUCAACUCCCAGAAGACAAGUGUUCCAGGGGAUCUUAUUGCUGUUCCAGGAGCUACAGAAAAGAUAGAACUGACCAGAAGUCUAAACAUGGCAGAGCUCCGGAAACUACGACGCCAGUUCAUCAGCUACACCAAGAUGCACCCGACAGAGAAUAUUGGACACAUUGCUAACAUGUUUGUACAGUAUCUAAACAAGAGUAUACAUUGAUUACUUUUUAUUUUAACGCCUUUGGUUCAGGUCAAUAAAAUUAAGGCAAUGCCUUGUAUGAUAUGUUUA